UAUUUUUCUCCCUUUACACGUUUGACGUUUGAUCGAAUUAUUUGCCAAUUCGAGACAGCACGCUUAUUUUUUGCCAUAAAAUCGUGGAAAAUUAAAAGAUUUCAGCUCGAAAGUAUUGAAUUUUAGCAGACGAAAUGGCGGAGUUUGAUUUAACCAGAACUAAUUGUCAAUUUUUGGAUCGGCAUUUGACUUUUCCCCUGUUGGAAUUUCUGUGUGGCAAAGAGAUCUACGAUGAAAAAGAGCUGCUCGAAUAUAUUUUGGAAACGGUAAAUAAGACCAACAUGAUCGAUUACACCAUGGAUACACGCAAACGUUUGGGUCUGAGCCAGGAGAUGCCCGAGGAAUUGGUACAGCGUAAAGCUGAAGUAUUGGCCACCCUUAAGCAGCUACAAAAUGAAGUAGCCCCCCUGAUGAAGGCAACAGAUAUCCUGAAGAAUGGUGAAAGUAUGAAGGAUACCAAGACUUUUGUGAAUGCCUUGCAAAAGGAUUACAAUUUCAAGGAUGAACAUUUGGAAAGUGCCUACAAAUUGGCAAAAUAUUUAUAUGAAUGUGGUAAUUAUCAAGAAUCCACAUCAUAUUUGUAUUUCUGCUUGAUUGUUAUGUCGCCGGAUGAUAAGAACUACUUGAAUGUUUUGUGGGGUAAAUUGGCUGCCGAAAUUUUAACCUUGAAUUGGAAUACCGCCUUGGAAGAUUUGACACGUCUACGUGAUUACAUCGACAAUGCCAACUUUACCACUGUUCAAGCUUUGCAACAACGCACCUGGCUCAUCCACUGGUCCGUGCUCGUUUUCUUCAAUCACCCCAAGGGACGUGAUUUAAUUAUUGAUAUGUUUUUGUACAAACCAUUGUAUUUGAAUGCCAUUCAAACGAUGUGCCCACACAUUAUGCGUUACUUGGCCACCGCCGUCAUUAUCAAUCGUACUCGUCGCAAUGCCCUCAAGGAUUUGAUUAAGGUCAUCCAACAAGAAUCCUACACAUAUCGUGAUCCUAUCACCGAAUUUUUGGAAUGCCUUUAUGUCAAUUUCGAUUUUGAAGGUGCUCGUCUCAAAUUGCACGAAUGUCAAACGGUUAUCCUAAAUGAUUUCUUCAUUGUUGCCUGCCUCAAUGAAUUCGUUGAAGAUGCUCGUCUCAUGAUCUUCGAAACAUUCUGUCGCAUACAUCAGUGUAUCACGAUCAGUAUGUUGGCUGACAAAUUGAAUAUGACAACCGCCGAAGCUGAAUGUUGGAUUGUCAAUUUGAUUCGCAAUGCCAGGCUAAAUGCAAAAAUUGAUUCGAAGCUAGGACAUGUUGUUAUGGGUACACAGCCGCUCAGUCCCUAUCAACAGUUGGUGGAAAAGAUCGAUUCGCUGUCAAUGCGUUCGGAACAUUUGGCAGGACUGAUUGAACGUAAGAGUAUACAAAAGAUUCCAGAAAAUAUUGACUCGUGGAAAUAUUAUUAAA